UCAGAUAUCGUGACUGCAGUAGAGAGAGAGCGAUAUCUAUCCUCGUGAGGACACGUAUUAAUUAAGACAUAAUGCCUGUAUGUUGCUGUUUGUUGACGUAUUAUACGUCUUCUUCUUCUUAGAGUAAUAAUAAUAAUGCCCUCUACACUUCGAAGGUCUUACUCACAAUUCAUUUUUACGCAGUUCCGUCAAAGAUACUAAACGCACCACAAACAGUAUGACCACGCCCCCGACGUCACGUAAGGAUAACCAAUCAGCUUCUUCAAAAUAUUCAGCGGGAGAAACGGAACAGGAUGUAGAGACUGACUCCGAGGAAACUCUAAAUGUUGUCAACAAACGUUAGGUUUGUCCGGCAGAAUAAUGAGACGCUCAGCAGCUCCCAGCCAGCUCUUUGGUAAUGCAGUGAAAAAGCCUAGAUUUGUGCCACCUGGCGCAUCUACUGUCAUUGAUUCCAAGCUCCUUUCCCCUAAACUUGGAUUAGGCAAUGCACUGGAAAAGAUCCAAAAAAGCCUGGCAGCACCAGUACCUAGUACGACCGGUGGUGAUAACCAGCUCAAAGCUGCACAGCCUGCUCCAGCCUUGUCCAGGGCUCUGGCUCGUGUUCUCAAUGCGACAGAAAGCAAGGAAAAUGAUGCCAAGCUGGAAUAUCCUGAAACUGACACAGACUUUGCAGAAAGCAAAAGAUUAGCAGGAGUGAGCGAUUCUUCUCAGUUGACUCCUGGGUCUCCUCAAACCCCGCGGCCCUCUGCAGGCUCUGCUGGAGCUGCAGGCGUGGACUCAGUCUGCAGUCAGGACGGAGCGUGUUACUUCAGUGUGAUGUGGUGUAAAGCCAGUAAGAAGAAACACAAGAGGUGGGAGGGUGAUGCCGUGCUGGUGACGAGAGGACGCACAGUCACACUUAAAGACAUGGAAGGAAAAGACAUCGGCAAAGGUAGUGGCUACAAGGUGUCUGUGUUGGCAUCUCUUUCUGAGGGAGAGACACUGAUGAUUGGUGGGAAGGAGGUGGAGGUGAUGGGGGUCAUUUCUGCUGAGGACUAUGCCAAGGGACGCUGUUUUCAAGAGGUCCAAAUCGAGAAAGAGGAGCCACACACAAAGUCAGCUCCACCCAGUUCUCGCCGAUUUGCAUCCAAACCGUUCUGCCCUCCAACACAGGCAGGAAGAGCUGAGCAUCCAGGAGUUAAACCAGAGCAGGAACAAACCAUAAGACCUCGCCAUGACCCUCAAGCUCCAGGUGCACUGGUGAUGCCUCGACCAUCUGCCAACCACCAGUGGUCUAAUAACAAGUCAGGCCUUCCUGUGGUCGAUGUUGUCGUUGACCCACAUCUGACCACUCACCUGAGACCCCACCAGAGAGAUGGCCUGCUUUUCCUCUAUGAAUGUGCCAUGGGCAUGAGAGCUGUGGGUCGACACGGUGCUAUCCUGGCUGAUGAGAUGGGUUUGGGGAAGACCCUCCAGAGUGUGGCACUCUCCUGGACGUUGCUGAAGCAGGGGCCUUAUGGUGGAAAACCAGUUGCAAAGCGUGUCUUGGUGGUGACACCUGGCAGCCUCGUGCAGAACUGGGGAGCAGAGUUUAACAAGUGGCUGGGCCGUGAGAGGAUCAGUGUUUUCACUGUAGAUCAGGACCACAGGAUAGAGCAGUUUGUGUUAUCUCCUCUUCACAGCGUUCUGGUGAUCAGCUAUGAGAUGCUGUUACGCUGCCUGGAACAGGUACAAAAAGUGGAGUUUGGGCUUGUCAUUUGUGAUGAGGGUCACAGAUUAAAGAACAGCAACAUCAAAACGUCCUCUGCUCUCAGUAGCCUCAGCUGUAACCGCAGGGUCAUCCUUACAGGGACUCCAGUACAGAACGACCUGCAGGAGUUUUAUGCUAUUAUAGAGUUUGUUAACCCAGGGAUUCUUGGGUCAUCAACUGCUUAUAGAAAAGUGUAUGAGGAACCCAUUCUACGCUCCAGACAACCCUCCUGCACGGAGGAGGAGAGGGUUUUGGGAGAAGAGCGAGCAGCCGAGCUCUCUCGCCUGACUGGUAUGUUCAUCCUGAGGCGGACGCAGGAGAUCAUCAACCGCUACCUGCCUCCUCGUCUCGAGUGGACGUUGUUCUGUGACCUGUCCUCUCUGCAGCUGGAGCUUUACAGGCAACUCCUAUGUCAUCGAGUCUUCAGAGCCUGCCUUCAGGGCUCCACACAGACUCACACACACCUGGCCUGCAUCACUGCACUGAAGAAGCUCUGUAACCACCCUGCUCUGCUCCACUCCACUGUCAAGGAGAAAACCGACCGCAGGUCAGAGGACAGUUCAAUGUAUGAUGGAUUGGCAGAACUCUUUCCAGAAUCCUACUCUUCAGGAGGAUUCAACACAAGUGAUUCUGGAAAACUCCUUGUUCUGUCAGACCUGCUGGCUGCCAUCCAGCAGCUCAGCCCUUCAGACAGGGUGGUCGUAGUGUCUAACUACACUCAGACGCUUGACUUGCUCCAGGACUUGUGCGUACAUAUGGGCUACACCUUCUGUCGACUAGAUGGACACACGCCUACCAGUCAGAGACAGCGGCUGGUGGACAGUUUCAACAGCUCCUACUCUCAGAACUUUGUGUUUCUGCUGAGCUCUAAAGCAGGAGGUGUGGGACUUAAUCUGAUCGGUGCUUCACAUCUGGUGCUCUACGACAUUGACUGGAACCCUGCCAAUGAUAUUCAGGCCAUGGCUCGAGUAUGGAGAGAUGGACAGAAGAAGACUGUGCACAUCUAUCGUCUCCUCACUGCAGGAACUAUUGAGGAGCGUAUAUUCCAGAGACAAGUGUCCAAACAGGGGCUUUCUGGGACUGUGGUUGACCUGGGCAAAGGGGCGGAGCACACCAGCUUCUCCACCAAUGAACUGCGAGAUCUUUUCAGCCUGACGGACACGCCCUCUCUAACUCACGACCUGCUGAACUGCAGCUGCAGCAUGGACGGGUCAGUCCCAGUCAUCGUAGAGGAGGAGGAGGAGGAGCAGGUCAGUGAUCGGCCAUGCCAGCUCGGUCGUCAGGGUGACCGCAGAGGAGCGGCGGCACCGAAGCAUCUCAGUAUGUCCGAGCUUAUGAAGUGGAGACAUUUCUCCGGUGACACUCACACCUUCUCAGACCCCUACCUCGACCAUUCACGUGACCACAUCACCUUUGCUUUCCAGACCACCAUUUCACACACAGUUUGAUCAAUACAGACUAGAUGACACGUAAGAUACAGAUGACACACACACACUUCACACAUGUUUGUCCCCUGCCUUUCUAAGCGUUCUUUGACUGUAGCCUAGUUACAACACAUGACAACACACUUAACAUGUCGAGCAACUUGCCAACAAUAGUCUCCAACUGUUUUUAAUGACAAUGCUUGUGAGAUUCUGUAUUUUGUCUUGGGGCAAUUUCAUAUUUAUUUAUUCAAAGAAAUUGUUCAAUUAUAUUAAAUAAAUGA